GAUACAAAUUAAGCCGGAAAAUAUCGAGUAUAUAGCUAUAGUAUUUUUUUAUUUAAAGGAAGCACACACGAAGUGAAGGGCAAUAAUAAAGUUUUGACGCUAAGAGAUAGUUAGAUUAGGUUAUGGAAACGGUUAGGUGCUUCGUGGACUGUUUGGCAGAUUUCGGUGAUUUACUUUCAGCAAAAGUUAUUCGCAAUGGGACAGAAGUGUUCUUGUCGACUGGUGCUAGUGAUGUGCUUGUCUUUAAUGGCCAAGAGAAGAGAGUUAAGACCGUCCUGCAUUUUUGUUCUUCGGUGAAAUCCUUCGCUUUGAGUAAUGACCGGUGUCGUCUUUAUGCUCUCUGCGAGAAUGAUGGCCUCUAUUGUAUCCCUGUCGCACUGGAGUCCAGUUCCCACUCCCUCUCAGCAAAGUGUCAUAUCCCUGCCUUAUCUACUGUAUCCAAAGACUCCACUGUAAUCAAAGAUGGGAAAGUGCAGUCUUUCAUAGUAGUCGAGGGCAUUUUAGUUACUGUCAGUAUGCAAGAAUCCUUCUGGACAUUUGAGCUCUAUGAAUUGCCAGAUUGCUCAGAAGGAGCCAUGGUCUAUCAACGACGUGCAGGUUUCCAGGUCCAAGUUGUUGCAGCGAGGAUCCCUCAGAAACAUAUGGCGGAUACGGUAGAUUCAAAGAGUAUUGCUCCCGCACUGGCCUGCAUCUACCCCAGCAGUGACAAUACACCUAAUGGACAAGCACACCUGGGACAUCCCCUUCUUGAGCCUCUCCUUUUUAGGCUAUUAUUUGGAGUCGAUACAUCCCUUGUUCAUUCUCCAGUCAUCCUUUGUGGAUUACCUGAUGGACGCCUCUUUUUCUUCCCACUACUGCUUCCCAUGCUAACCAGUUCAAGGGGAGAACAAAAGCCACAGAUCAAGAUGCUCUACAGCCUGGAGCAGCCGGUGACCUUCAUUGGAACCUCUGUCACUGGGGAGAAAGGGCCACAGUAUCUUGUUGUGAUUGGUCAGAGGGGUAGAAUUCUGAUUGCAAUGGCCAAUCAAGAGGGUUCUGAUGGAAAGGCAGCAGAUUGCAGUUUCAUUGAACAUACUGUGCAGGGACCAGUAGAGUGUGCAUGUGUAGAUGGUGAACGUCUGUACUACAGUACUUCAGCAAACCUGCUAGCCCUGUCCCUGAUCAACACCUCAGCAUCCCCAUCAUCACCUCUGUCAGCAGCAGCAGUGGGAGCAGCACUCAGCACUAGGCCAAAGAGGCCUGCUGUCUUCUCUCAGAGUGCUGUCUGUUUAAGCGUGUGCCGCGUGGCUGCUCUAGCUGAGCCAUGCAUUACGCCUGCAGGUAGUGUAGAGCUCCUGGCUCUGUCUCUGAGUGGUAAGCUCCUUCAAGUGACUCUUCCUCAGGCCUCAGAUAAGGAGUCUCUGUCUAGGCUUGUUUCAUCACAAGUUGGUCAGAGAGUGAACGACCUCAUGGGUGGGAUUGGAAACAUUUGGGAGAGAGCAUCAUCAAUGAAACACCAACUGCAGUUGAAAAAUAACACUCUCAGAUGUCUGAACCAUGUCUUUAACGUCUGCCAUCUGAUUUUGAAUUGUCACAAGAAUGAUCAAGAGGUCUGUGAACGCAAACCACCAAUCAGCUGUCGUGGUGUAGCCAACUGGAGUACCUUGCUACAAAAAGACUCUCUAAUUCUCACUUGUAUAUUAGAAAACUUGAGUGAUUGUGCACUGCACCAAGGAUGGACUCUCUGCAUUGAAGUCUAUUCAUCACGUUCUCACAUUGCAGAUGGCAGUUCUACAACUUACUCAUUUGCUUUGAAGAAAGUAGACUGUGGUGAAAAACUGGAAGUGAAUUUACCUCUGGACAUUGAUGGGGAGGUAUUUUUACCAGUCAAGAUCAACUGCUACCUUGUCUAUUCCCUGCAUUCUUUAUUUCAUCCAGAGGAACUCGGGCAUCUCUCAGUCGUCAGUGACAUCCCAAUAUCUCAGCUGUUAAGAGACAAUGGCUGCAUAAGUCUGGCUCUCAACACUUUAACACUGGACUGGCUAGACUGCUUAAGGAUAGCAGAGCCAAACUCCUAUGCUGAUGUUCCAAAACAACUCACGACUUGGGAAUCCACCCACAAGUUCCUGAGUUCCAAACAGACUCGCACACAACUCCAGUCCAUGUCAAAGGCUGGUCCCCAUGCAGUAGUAGUCCGAAUCUCCUCAGAGCUCCUGAGGACCGGGCUCAGCCUCCCUGGCUGUAGCACUGCGGUGCUGUGCAUCUCUGUGCUGAAAUGGCUGGUGUUUAGAACUUCUGAGACAGGGGAUUAUAAGCCCAUUCAGAAUCCAGUGGUAUGUGCCCUCGGGCCUGGCAGGCACGAAGCCAGACUGCUUACCAAAGAGGUCACAGUAAGUGGCAUCAACUCUAAGGGCGACCUGUCGGUAGUGGAAGUUCAAGUGGAGAGUUUCUCCGUGGAAGCACUGUGUGGUUUACAUCAUGCCGUGCUACGACGUGUACAGGCUCUUCUCAAAGAGGCCCCUGUGACCCACGGGGGCCCCGUAAGCUUGAGAGGACAACACUUGACUGAAGCUGUGCAGCAUGCUGAGUCUUUGUAUAAGGACCUGCAGGACUCUCGAACCCCAGACACUUUUGGUGGAGUGAUGAAAAUAAGGAAGACCUCAGAGUUAUUUCAGCUUUAUCUGCAGCUGAGGGAGAAUCCACUGGUCAUUAUCUGAACAGUUACAAGGCAAGACAAGAAGUAACCCUACAUUACUUUAUUUAGUGGACCGUGUCUGUGUGUGUGUGUGUGUGUGUGUG